CAGGAGACAACUCCCCUAUAAAAGGCCUAAGCAGCUCUGCUUCUCUUACUGGGGGCGUGAAGAACGGGGGGACCAUGGAUUUCAUCAGCAUUCGGCAGUUGGUAAGUGGAGAAAGUGUUGGAAUGAAAGUGUUGGGGUUUGGAGGUGGAGUUCCUGAUCCUGGAGGCUGGUCUAGUGACUGGAGGCUGGGACCCCAAGAGGCCAUGGCCCGGGAGAAGUUCAAAUUGGAAGAAGAGAAGAGGAAGAGGUUGGAGAGAUUUAAUAGCUCCAGACUGAAUCUGGAGAACCUGAAAGACUUGGAAAACUUGGUUCAAAGACGAAGAGAAAAGCGACUGAGACACAGAGUCCCCCUUAAAGAGGAACCUGAGCCCAAGGUUGAGCUACAACAGGCUCAGCUGGUGCCUGUGGACCUGGAGAUGUUCCUGAAGGCAGCUGCUGAGAACCAGGAGGCCCUGAUUGACAAGUAUCUGACAGAUGGAGGGGACCCCAAUGCCCAUGACAAGCUCCACCGUACAGCCUUGCACUGGGCCUGUCUGAAGGGUCACAGCCAGCUGGUGAACAAGCUGCUGGCAGCCGGUGCCACUGUGGAUGCUCGGGACUUGUUAGACAGGACACCUGUGUUCUGGGCCUGCCGCGGAGGACACCUGGACAUCCUCAAACAGCUGCUUAACCAGGGAGCCCAGGUCAAUGCACGGGACAAGAUCUGGAGCACCCCUCUCCACGUGGCAGUGCGCAUGGGCCGCUCUGACUGUCUGGAGCAUCUCAUCGAAUGUGGAGCCCACCUGGACACACAGGAUAAGGAGGGAGACACAGCUCUCCAUGAGGCUGUGCGGCAUGGCCACUACAAAGCCAUGAAGCUGCUGCUGCUCUAUGGAGCCAAGUUGGGCAUGCAGAACAUGGCCUCCCUGACCCCAGUGCAGCUGGCACGAGACUGGCAGCGAGGUAUCCGGGAAGCACUGCAGGCCCAUGUUGGGCACUCCCGUACCCGGUGCUGACAACUCGGACCUGCGGGUCACUCACAACCACCAUUCCAUCCCCCUUACCUCCCCUGCAGCUGCACUGGUGUGGUUCUUGGCUCUCAGUACCAGUUCCCCCCGCAGGGCUUUGCUUCCUCCAAGUCUGCCCUAUUGGAACUGAGCAGCACGGAGCCCAGCAGUUAAGAGAAAGCAGGCCUCUUGAGCUUUAGUGCUGAGGGGUGCUGUGUUCCCUACUAGGGCUGGGGCAGAGGAUCCACAGGGUAGCAGAAAGCAACAUGGGUCCAGAUGAAAGUCAGUGAGUAGAGUAGCAGCCAAGGAUGGAGACCUAGACCUGGCACUACCCAGGGCUGGGUGAUAAACUUCCUCAGUGUCCACUAAUUCUUAGCAGAUUCACUUUUGUCCUCUACAAGGGCCAGUCUCCUGCAAAGUGAUACAGAUGUGGUUGGCAGUUGCAUCCAAGACCUGUAAAGGGGAACCAAGUAGGCCACACAGGUGCCAGGCAUUUUUGCAGCUGGCCACUGCCCUAGGCAGUUUCUCCAGGGGACUCCAUUCCUGUCAGUGGCAACCCUGAUAGCGUCUGGAAGGCUCUAGCCAUCUCUGGUCUUCAGGACUCUGGAGGGGGUUCUGGCAGGCUGUGGGGCACAUCAACAGAUUUCAGGCCCCACAGAAACCAGUACCUACCAGGUUGCCUCAGAAGCCUAAGACUGUUGAGCUAGAGCUCAUGUUUACCUUGAGGAAAACUGUGCUUGUUCUACUGAAGGGCUUCAGUCAGGCCAGCCUACCGCACUGCUGUUGGCUGGGUGGUGACUCUCCUUGUGGGGCUAGUGCCUGGGUGCUGGAGAUUGCUUGUGGCCCACUCAACUCUUGGGGCGGUGGCCCGCAACCCUAGCUUGCCUUGAUGGUUCAGUGCCCCCUAGUACUCAAGAUGGGAGCUCUGGCCUGGCCCCCUGCAUCUCAUUCGGCUUGACCCCACCUCAGAGGCAGCAUGCCGAGUUCUGAACUUGGCCCACAGGGACAUAGGAAAAGUGAGGAGCAUACCCCUCACAUCUCUUGUCUGCUAACUGGUGGUAUAAUGAGGACCCCACUUCAAAACAAGCUCCCUCACACCUCUUUCCUGUUCCUCUGUUCAUAUGAUUUCAGUUUCACUAGCGGAGACCCUGUACUGCUGGCAGGGCUGGCUCCUUAAAUGCCAAAAAGUUGAUUUUAAAUAGCUCUGCCCUUAACUGAGACCACAGGCUGAGAGAAGGGUUAUAUGGUUUUGGUCUUGGAUUACAUAGGUACCUGGGUUGACGUCCAUUUUUCAGCAAUUAUUUUUAGCCCACCUUUGGUGGAUUCCUCAGGCCAAUAAAUCUACUUGUUACUAUGUGAAAAAGCUGACUAGUGCUCCAUCCCAGGGGCCAUAUACCUUUCCACAGGCAGUUCCUGCCUUGUGGUGACAGAGCCUGCAUGCAUCCAAACACUGGUGCCGUGGGCAAUACAGGGCAAUACAAGACUAGGACAUUUAUGUGACAAAAUCCUUUUUAUACAGAUCAGUAUUUUUUUCUCAUUAAAUUGGUUGAACAUCCAUCACAGCCUAGUUGUCUUUUUUGGGCUAGGAGGAGCCAGUGCUUUGGGCACCAAGGAUUGCCUGGCAAGGUCCACGGCCUUAUCAUCCUCAACAGCAAAGCUCAAACCUAUUAACCAUGCCCGACAGCAAGUGCAGUGUGGGCUUUGCAUGGAGUCUUAGCACAUGGCCUGUGUUCAGAGCAUUUCUACUCAUUGAUGGUUCUCAACCUUGGUUGCUUAUUAGAAUCACCAAGAGAGGUUUGAAAAGUCCUAAUGUCUAUACCAUUAGGUUAAAGAAACUCCAGUAUGGGACCCAAGUAUUGGUAGAGGGCAUGCUUAUCUAUGUAUAGAGGAAUUCUUCAGGUGGGAAAAACAACUACCUAGAUAAGGGAGUCCAGCAAGAUUUCAGGAUACAGCAUGAACAUACAAAAAUUAUUUCUAUCUAACAGCAAUGAAGAUACAGACACAAAAAUUAAAAAUAUAGUACCAUUUACAAUUGUUUAGAAAACUGAAAUACUUUGGUUUAAAUCUAACAAAACAUGUAAGGAAUAAAAUGAAAUAUUUAAGUGGAGAGACAUACCAUGUUCCUGGAUUGGAAGGCCUAACACAAUAAAUAUGUCAGUUCUCCCCAAACUGAUAUAUAGGUUUAAAAUAGUUCCUAUCAAAAUUCCAGCAAAGAUUUUUAGUAGACAUUAUUCUGAAAUUCCUAAGAACAUUUACAGCCAAAACAAUUUUGAAAAGUAAAAGUGGGAGGAGGAAUCCGUCAGAUUUCAAAACUUAAUAUAUACUUACAGUAAUAUAUGGUAUUGGCACAUAGAUCAACAGUAGACAGCCCAAAAAUAGGACCACAUAAAUAUGCCCAGCUGACUUUUGACAAAGGUGCAAAAGCAAUUCAGGGAAUGGGAAGAUGCCUUUUCAACAAAUGUGUUAGACUAAUUGGACAUCUGUAGGCUUAAAGGAAAAAAAAA